UUUAUACAUACUCUGACGAGACCACUCGGCGAAGCAAUGUCGUCUCUUGCGCUAACGUUACCAUCUCCGUCUCUGGUGUCGGUGAGGAGUACUAAACUCGGGAGAAGUUUCAGUAAUGGUGGCCGCAAUUGGUCGGGACUUACUAAGUUGUCUGAGAAAUCGAAAAGCAGACGAAGUUACGGUCUCUGCUGCAGGGCGGAGCUGUCGGAGCUAGCACCAGUCGCCUCUGCUGCUUAUGGUGUUCUUCUUCUCGGAGGCGGUCUCUUCGCCUAUAGCAAAUCUGGAAGCAAAGGUUCUCUCUUUGGGGGUUUGACCGGUUCUGCUCUUAUGGCAUCUGCCUACUUCCUUACUAAAUCACCAGAGACAAGAGUUCUUGGCGACACCAUAGGACUUGGCGCUGCCUUCCUCUUCUCUUCCGUCUUUGGAUUUCGUUUGGCAUCUACCCGGAAACCAGUCCCAGCAGGCCCGCUACUACUUCUUUCCAUCGGCAUGUUGUCCUUCUUUGUAAUGGUGUAUAUGCACGACAGUUUACCUCCUAUAUCCAUACCUGAUCCGUUACCUCUACCUUAGCCUAGAUGAGAUCAUGCGGAUACAAUCAUAACCAAAUAGGAAACCUCUCAGAGUAUGAAGCAAGAAGAAUUUUACUUUUGCCCACACUAAUAAAUUGCAAAGCUUUGUGAGGCUAAUGUGGGUAGAAUAAUGUUUGUUUGUUAGACAAAAGUUUUGUUAAUGGCUCCUUUGUUUUUAUGUUGUCAUAUCAAAGACAGAUGCAUCUCCACUCAAUAUUUUGUUAAUGGCUCUUUUUUAUGUUGAAUGAUACAUGCUAAAUAAGAAAGGGGUAUUAAAAGAAA